AUUUUAUAUGGCACCUUGAUAGGUCCAAUAGAUUUCCAGUUUGAUCAUUACCUAGGUAUAGUUGUCAGUCAGGUGAUCGAUACCUUCCCCCACUUCUGCCCAGAAGCUCGAGCUUAGCGAUCAAGGACGCUUCAUGAAGUUGAGAUAGCGAGGGAGGUGUAACCUUAAGUACCAUUAAAAUCAAACAUGCCUUCAAAAACGACGACCUGGCCUAGUGGUUGGCCAUCCUUCACGCCCAAGGACAAUGACCCCACCGACACCUUUCAAAAAGAUCUUAAAGCAACCAUAAUUGCCGAAUACGGCGCAGACAAUCUUCGAACGGCAUGGAUCAAGACUUGCAAUGCUUUGGACGGUGUGACUUCACGACUUGCAUCCCAAGGAAAUAAUGCCGUGCCGAUUUUCGAAGCAGACGAUAUACUCUCAGACAGCAAAGCUUUAGAGGCGAUGAAAGAAGCAGGCUGCUGUAUCAUUCGAGGCGUGAUCCCGAAGAAUGAAGCUAUCCAGUACUUUGAGGAUCUGAAAUCUUUCAUCGCGGACAAUAAUGAUACAGUCACGGGCUGGCCGGCGAAGAGCGUUGCCAUCUACCAUCUAUACUCGAGUCCAAUACAAUUAAAGAUCAAAACAAACCCACGACAUUUGCAAGUACAGCGCUUGCUGAACUGUCUCUGGACCGACUCAUCCUGCUCAGAUGACGAGCUGAAAGCCCAGUCCGAGCCGGUAUUGUACCCUGAUGGCUUGCGGAUCAGACACCCUGGGCAAGAAUUUCUUGGUCUGGGACCGCAUAUUGACGGUGGAUCACUCAGUCGAUGGGCAGAUGAAGAGUAUCGAAAGACUUACGACGCCAUCCUGAGAGGUGGACCAGAGAGGUAUGAUCCAUAUGAUAUGGCAUACCGAAAGAAUGCGAAUCCGGCGAUGUUUCCGGGCGGUGCACAGUGUAGUGUAAUGCGAGCAUUUCAAGGCUGGACUGCUUUGACGCCCUGCAAGCCUGGAGAAGGAGGUCUGAUGCUGGUCCCGGACAUUAAGAUUGUGACUGCAUACAUGAUACUUAGACCGUUUUUCAAGGCGCCUGAAGGAGAUUGGAGGAAGCCAGAAAGUUGGGAGCUGGAUCAUGAAUCUUCAUGGUUUCCAGGGACAUUUCGAUGGGACUCGCAGCUGUUGAGUCCUGCUAGUCAUCCACAUCUCUACCUUGAAGAUACACUGAUGAGUAUUCCUGAUAUGGAGCCUGGAGAUACUAUUUGGUGGCACACGGAUAUGUGCCAUGCUGUCGAAACGACGCACAAUGGUACCGGUCCAGCGAGCGUUUGCUACAUCCCAGCAGCCCCGUCGACGCCUGCGAAUCUUGCGUAUAUGCGGCAGCAUUGGAAGGAUUUGGUAGCUGGAGUGCCGUCUGAGGACUAUAAAUACCUCGAUGGAACGGGGAGUGAGUUGGUACUGAGCCAGCAGAACGAGAGGGCAAUGAAGGGGGCGAUGUCUCUUGACGACAUUAGGGUUGAGGGGAGAAGAGCUCUGGGAGAAGUGUGCUACGCGGUGCGUUAGAGAUGCGAUCAUUUUGUGAUCAUUUUGGAAGACUUGCCAGUGCCGAAAAUGCUUGAUACAUUCCAGAAACAGACAAGCGAAUCGAUCAACACGUGCAUCAACUACCCCUUCAUCUCCAUCUAACUCGAUCAAAUCUUAGACUGACAUCUCUAAGCUCAUAGCAAAAUAUCAG